GUCUACGAUAAUCACAGUUGUGAUCUUGAAGUUACUUACGAGAAUCUCCGAUUAAUGUGCGCCUUUCCUUUAGUCUAGACAAAGCUCCAGGCCAGAAGGUCACACCCGUGUUUCCUCUCUCCACCGUAUCUCACGCUUGGCCUGGAAUGAAUGAAGUAUCUGAUAAAUGUUUGUUGGGUGAAGAAAGCACAGACUAAUGCAAAUACAUCCUCUCAAACUUGGAGACGUGGUCUACAGGACAGCGAACACCGUCCCCUGCCCUUCACUGAGAGGGAGACCAGGUGAUGUCAGCCAUGCCCCUGAACGCCUGGCACCAGGAGUUGGUGACCUUUAAGGACGUGGCUGUCUACUUCACCCAGACAGAAUGGGCUGGACUUUCUCCUGCACAGAAGGCCCUGUACAGAAGUGUGAUGCUGGAGAAUUAUGGGAACUUGACAUCCCUGGGAUACCCAGUUCCCAGACCUGCUCUGGUCUCCCUUCUGGAGGGAGGGAAUUUGCCUUGGGGCUUGGAGGCACAGAAUAACCCAUCUGCAGAGAGGUCCAAAGGCAUCUGUAAAGGUACUGAGACCAACGUUGACAAUGAACCCACAUCAACACAGGGAAUUUCUGAAGAAAGAGAUGUGAUGUUGUCACAUGGUUUGCAGAAGAAUGUUGUUCAGGGAACCAACUUUCUAGAAACCUGUGAACCACAAAAGCACCAGGAAAUUCCCACAGUGAAAAAUAUUAAAGAAAAGGUUCCAAGAAUCCACUGUGCAAGGAAAACGUUCAGAUGUGAGGAGUGUGGGAAAUGCUUCAGUUAUUUUUCUUACUACGUUAGACACCAGAGAAUCCAUACUGGGGAGAAACCCUUUGAGUGUAAUGAGUGUGGAAAAGCCUUUAAUGGCAAUUCUUCAUUAAUUCGGCACCAGAGAAUCCACACUGGAGAGAAACCCUAUCAAUGUGAAGAGUGUGGGAGAGCCUUUAAUGAUAAUGCAAAUCUGAUCAGGCAUCAGAGAAUCCACAGUGGGGACAGGCCCUAUCUCUGUGGAGAGUGUGGAAACAGUUUUACCAGUAGUUCUGAGUUUGUUAUACAUCAGAGAAUCCACACUGGGGAGAAACCUUAUGAGUGUAAUAAGUGUGGAAAAGCUUUUGUUGGUAAUUCACCACUACUUCGACAUCAGAAAAUUCAUAUUGGAGAGAAACCCUAUGAGUGUAAUGAGUGUGGCAAAAGCUUUGGAAGGACUUCUCAUCUAAGCCAACAUCUACGUAUUCACACAGGGGAAAAGCCUUAUUCUUGUAAAAUAUGUGGGCAGGCCUUUAAUUUUCAUACAAAACUAACUCGGCACCAGAGAGUCCACAGUGAAGAGAAACCCUUUGACUGUAUAGAUUGUGGAAAAGCCUUUAGUGCUCAGGAACAAUUAAAAAGGCAUCUAAGGAUCCAUAUUCAGGAAUCUUCAUAUUUAUGUGAUGAGUGUGGAAAAGUCUUCACUAGCAGAAGAAAUCUUCUUUAUCAUCAAAGAAGCCAUACUACAGAGAAACCCUAUGAGUGUGUCAAGUAUGAAAAAACCUUUAGGACUUCCAAGCUAGGUCAUCAUGAGCAUGUCUGCCCUGGAGAGAAACCUGUCCUGGACAUUUGUCAUUUUGGCCUCCCAGAAUUUUUCACCCCCUUUUACUGGUAAUAAUACACUAAAUUUCCUUUCGGAUAUCAUCUUCCACUCAGGAGCAGGAUGUGUGACACAGGCCCGGGUCAGCUGCACAUUUUUUUCCCUAAGCCAUAGCUAUAGGUUCAAAUGUCAGUAGUUUACCUAAGAUGAUCCAGUUAUAGCUCUAGGACUUGGCAAGAGUUAAUAGGAAGAAAUACUCUUCUCUUUUUCCCUUAGUCUUAAAGCUGAGAGGAACUCUUAGAUUCUUGUGGAGGCUGAGGAGGAAGUCAGCACAACAAAAGACAAAUCAGAGUUGAGGAGUAAUCACCCUCAAAGUUUCUGUUUGAACAACUACUUUAAACCAUAUCUGAAGCCAGAAAUACAUCUGGGUUUUUGAGUUCCAGUAACCAACACAUUUAACUUUGUUUUUGUUGUCUUUUUGUUCACGCAAGCUUAGGAUAGGUUUUCUUCCCUUGCAGGAGAGCUUUAUCGGUGUAACAAAAAUCUUCAGGGAUAACAAACCUGAUGGAGAAAUGUUUUAUGUAUAUGAUGUGUGGGAAAGCCGUUAGCUAUAGUUCCAGCAGUCCUCGUGAUUGUAACAAGAAUGGAAAACCCCUUGUAAUGCAAGAGCCUGGGCUGCAUCAGGGUACCAGUAUAUAGAAGUUCUAGCUACUUAAGCUCUGCGAUGGAAGUUUCAUUGUUACUGCAAAACUAUGUCUGCAUCAAUGAGUCCAUUCUCAAGAUGAACGUUAGGAUCAUUUCACGAGUUCCAAAACAAAUCCUGUUAUUGGGAUGCCUGGGUGGCUCAGUGGUUGAGUGUCUGCCUUCAGCUCAGGGCAUGAUCCCCCGGGGGUCCUGGGAUCGAGUUCCGUAUCGGGCUCCUUGCAUGGAGCCUGCUUCUAUCUCUGCCUCUCUCUCUGCCUCUCUCUCUGCCUCUCAUGAAUAAAUAAAAUCUUUAAAACAAAACAAAUCUGUUGUGGUUUUAUUUGGGUAUGGCAGUUCCUCCCACUUUAUUCUUUUUUUUCCCCAAAAUUGUUUGAAAUUGGACUUAAAGAUUAAAUCAAGAUGAAUGUCCUUUCUUUGAAAAAUUACCUGUGCCUUUCUAUAUACAACUUCUUACUGAUGGUGGCAAAGGUGAUGGUGUAGUCUCCGAGUAUUUAAGUUUUUCUUCAUAUAUGUCUUAUACAUUUAUUAAUAAAUGUAUUAACUUUUUUGGUU